UGAUCAGCUGCUUCAUCCGGGUAUUUGGGCGGAGCCUCACCUGUGAGGAGGCUUGUUUGCCCCGCGCCUUGGUGGUUUCUUUGCGAGUCUUUUCCCGGGCAGGUUAAGACAAAACUUUAGGUUGCAAGACUUUUAAUUUUUUUUCUACAGAGUGCCGCAAAAUGCCCUCAAAUAACAAUCAGGAUGCAGUGAGCGCAGCUGCCAGGAUGGCCAAGCUGCCCGCGGUUCGCUCCGCCUGCGCAGCUCUGUCCAUUCUGUACAAGGACGCGAAGGGCAGCAGUCCCGGCCUGAGGGUCCUGUGUGAGGCGCUGGAGAGCCGGGUGGGCGCGUUGAGCACCGCAGCCUGCAGCCGAGCCGCCCCUCUCAUGGUUAAACUGGAGCCCCAGAUUUCCAUUGCAAAUGAUGUUGCAUGUAGAAGUCUGGAUUGGCUUGAAGCAUCUUUCCCAGUCAUUCAGUCUCCCACUGACCAGGUCGUCGCCUCAGCCAAAACCAAGAUGCAUGAGAUCCGGGGAAAGGUCGGUAUCGCUGCCUCGGGAACAGUAGAGUGUCUACAACACACUGUCUCCUGGAUUGUGACCAGGAUGCUCCCAGCUGACGGAGCGACCCAGUCUGUGACAGAACGGGCGCUCUCUCUGGCUAAUGCGGGCCUGGACUUGUCAGAGAGUCUGCUGGACCAGGUGUUGCCUCCAACUGAAGAGGAGAAAGAAGAAAAAGCACACUUGGUGGAGGGGUUUGAAGGCGAGAGUCGCAGGGAAAGAUCCCGGAUCGUUUCCCUCACAGUCAAACUGUAUAGGAGGACGUACCAUGUUGCCAUCUGUACGGUUCAGUCUUUUCAGGAUCUGCAGACCAGCUGGAACCUUCAAGCACUGCCUGAAUAUGUGCAGCACCUGGCUGUCAGUGCAUUCUUCUUCAUCACACAGAUGUACAAUUUAGGUAAUCUGUCCCCUCAGCGGAAGCAGUUUCAACGCCGAGGUCAAACUAUGGUUCUGUCCAAACCCUACAAGAGUACCUGCUGCAAGACCACGCCUGCUCUCCGGCUGAGACCUGCCCGGACCACGCUGCACAAUGGCUACUGAGAAAAUAACGUUUGUGUGGGCUGUUGACUACUUGCUCAUAAAAGAAAAUUUGCCAAUAAAGGAUUCAGAUUUA